AAAAAUUCGGAAGCGAUGUCCGACCUAACAUUGAAUAAUGAAGAGCGGGAGAAGAGAAAAAGGAAAAGACUGCAGCAUACUCUUUCUUCAUUUGAGGAUGAGGACUUGUAUGACCAAGAUGAACGACGUAACACUCAGCCAGCCCCUCAACUUCCAGAACGUGCACCAGAGUCCAAGCAAAAACGCACACGUGAGCUGUGCGCACCUGCUUUAAACAGAAGGCAGAAAACAAUGAGCCAGCCAUCAUCGUGCAGGAAGCCGACGCCAAAUGGGCUGCUGCUGAAUCGGUCAGGCAUGCACCAGCUAGGACCAAGAAAAUGGAGCAGUGUGCCUCUUCUCAGGAGUGACUGAGGGGCUGCCACAAGGGGAGAAGGCAAGCAUGUUUCUGAUUACAAGGAUGGACAGUUGGGCUGGGCUAGUUGGUAAGAAUUCAUGUUAAAAAACGGUGCGAAAACCAGACAAAGGAAAAAGAACACACAGUGCCUUGUCCUGUGUGUUUUCUUAUCC